CGGAAGUGCGAUCGGAGGCCGGAAGCGCGGGCGAGUGGGAGGGCAAUUGUCGGAGCUGGGUCGGGGUCGGGACCGGGGUCGGGACCGGGGCGGGGGUCCGUGCGGCCGCUAUGAAGCGGGACGUUCGCAUUUUGCUCCUGGGCGAGGCCCAGGUGGGGAAGACGUCGCUGAUCCUGUCGCUGGUGGGCGAGGAGUUCCCGGCGGAGGUCCCGCCCCGCGCGGAGGAGAUCACCAUUCCCGCAGACGUCACCCCGGAGAAGGUGCCCACGCACAUCGUGGAUUACUCAGAAGCGGAGCAGACAGCCGAGGAGCUCCGGGCAGAGAUCCUCAAGGCAAACGUGGUCUGCGUGGUGUACGACGUAUCUGAGGAGGCUACCAUUGAGAAGAUCCGAACCAAAUGGAUCCCCCUGGUGAAUGGGGAGACUGACAGGGGCCCCAGAGUCCCCAUCAUCUUGGUGGGCAACAAGUCAGACCUGCGGCCCGGGAGCUCAAUGGAGGCUGUGCUGCCCAUCAUGAGCCAGUUCCCAGAGAUCGAGACCUGCGUGGAGGCACACCUGUGGGUCUGUCUCCACGGCCACCAGUGCUCUGCCAAGAACCUGAGGAACAUCUCGGAGCUGUUCUACUAUGCACAGAAGGCGGUGCUGCACCCCACGGCCCCGCUCUACGACCCCGAGGCCAAGCAGCUGAGGCCCGCAUGUGCCCAAGCCCUCACACGCAUCUUCAGGCUCUCGGACCGGGAUCUAGACCAGGCGCUCAGUGACGAGGAGCUCAACACUUUCCAGAAAUCCUGCUUCGGGCACCCCCUGGCCCCGCAGGCCCUGGAGGACGUGAAGAUGGUGGUGCGCAAGAACGUGGCUGGAGGGGUGCGCGACAACCGGCUGACCCUGGACGGCUUUCUUUUCUUGAACAUGCUGUUCAUCCAGCGUGGUCGCCAUGAGACCACGUGGACCAUCCUGCGGCGCUUCGGCUAUGGAGACACGCUGGAGCUCACCCCUGACUACCUGGUCCCGCCGCUCCACGUGCCCCCCGGCUGCAGCACCGAGCUCAACCACUUUGGCUACCAGUUUGUGCAGAGGGUGUUUGAGAAGCACGACCGGGACCGUGACGGCAGCCUCUCGCCUGCGGAGCUGGAGAGCCUGUUCAGCGUGUUCCCUGCUGCCCCCUGGGGCCCCCGGCUGCCCCGGGAGGUCUGCACCGAGGCCGGCAGGCUGUCUCUACAUGGAUACCUCUGCCAGUGGACCUUGGUGACCUACUUGGACGUCCGGCGCUGCCUCGAGCACCUGGGUUACCUGGGCUACCCCACUCUCUGCGAGCAAGACUCCCAGGCCCACGCCAUCACAGUCACUCGAGAGAAGAGGCUGGACCAGGAGAAGGGGCAGACGCAGAGGAACGUUCUCCUGUGCAAGGUGGUGGGAGCCCGCGGAGUGGGCAAGUCCGCCUUCCUGCAGGCCUUCCUCGGCUGCGGCCUAGGGGACGGCAGAGAGCUUGCGGAGGAACGCCCCAUCUACGCCAUCAACACGGUACAGGUCAACGGACAGGAGAAGUAUCUCAUCCUGUGCGAGGUGAGUGCAGACAGCCUGCUGGCGCCCGCGCCCGAUGCCGCCUGUGACGUGGCCUGCUUGAUGUUCGAUAGCAGCGACCCCGGCUCCUUCGCACUCUGCGCCCGCGUCUAUAAGCGCCACUACAUGGACGGACAGACCCCCUGCCUCAUCGUCUCCUCCAAGGCGGACCUGCCCGCGGGCAGCACGCCCCCUGGCCUGGCGCCCGCUGAGUUCUGCCGCAGACACCGGCUGCCCGCCCCUGCCGCCUUCUCCCGGGUGGGCCCAGCCGGGCUCAGCGCUGCCGUCUUCACCCGGCUCGCCACCAUGGCUGCCUUCCCACACCUGGCUCAUGGGGAGCUACACGCCACCUCCUUCUGGCUGCGGGUGACCCUGGGGGCCGUUGGGUUUGCGGUCACUGCCGUCCUCAGCAUCUCGCUCUACAGGGCCCUGGUGAAGAGCCGAUGAGGCCUCAGGCCCCCGGGUGCUGGUAUUGGGGCACCUGCUCGAGGGGGCCUUCCUUGUGUCGGAACUUCCUUCUGGGGAUACUGCCCACCGCCCUGCCCGAGCCCCAAGUGCAGUCCCCCAGGUCUCCGCAGCACGCGUCCUACCCAGCUGCACAUGCCAGGCGUUACCCGCUUCGGGGAUCACGUGUUGGAGGGACUGGGGUCAUGGCGAGGAAGCCGGUGACCCUAGGCCCAGGUAUUCUCAGGGCUCCACUUCUCUGGUCCCAAUAGCCAGGGGGACUCGGGGACUCAGGAUAGGACUCUGGGCCAAAGGUGGGGGUGGCCUCCAUCCUCCCUGGUUUGGACAUGGGUUCCCGUCACGAAGACCCAAGGUCGGGUCUCCUCAUUAAACUUGUCUUUCACACCUGGGA